UUUAUCUUUAAGCCUUGAAUUUUGAAAAUUGCAACUUUGAAGCAAUGCAAACGGACAGAAGCAGUUCAGGAAGCAGUCAAGCAGAAUCUGCCGGUGUUUCUGGUCUUACUACACCUCAUUUGGACAGUGGAGAGCUCACCAAAAAUAAUAAAGUUGAUGAUAAAUCGAUAACCUCGAAAGAGAACUCUCCAGAUCCCACUCCCGAUAGCACGAUCUUUGACAUUGCUCGUGACAUAGAAUCCAAAUUGAAGUCUGUUUUGGAGAAGGUCGAUAAAAACGACGAUGAAAUCAAUAAAAGAAUUGACAAAUUGACCAAACAAAUCAGUCAUUUGGAACAGGAAAUCAAAAAUAAUUGAAAUUGGGUAUCACCAACCAUUUUCUCUCACUAUACUCACUAUACUCACUAUACUUGCCUAUGACUAAUGACAAUACACAUGUAUAUAUAAG